AUGGAGCGUCCAGCACAGCAAGCUGGCGACCGAUCGCCCCAGCAACUCGUUGCGAGGCGCUAUGAUGUGGAACGAUCAUGUCUCCGCUGCCAUGAGCGCAAGCCACAUGGUACAGAUGUCAAUACAUCGGUUUCAACCGGCGACCAUACUGCGCCGACGGAAGGCUUUUUGGUGAAAGACGGCACCUCUACUCGAUAUGUUAACGAGUUGCUCUUCUCGCGCGUCCUGGAGAAGGAGAGCGAGCUUCAAUCCGCCAUUAGCACACCGGCAGGAACUAGCAACAGUGAGCCGAGCCCAAUGAUUGGCUUUGAUGGCCUCAUCUCCAACCCCCAAUUGGCUGCCGAUGCCUUUUCUCUCUUCCCAUCUCGAGGGCAAGCCACACACCUCUGGCAAGUCUUCUUGAACAACGUGGACGUUCUUCUCAAAGUACUUCACAUCCCGACAACGCAACCUACUGUCUUUGCUGCCAUCAAUAACCCGAAAGCUGCUUCAAAAGACCUCAAUGCUCUUCUGUUCUCUAUUUACUUUGCAGCAGUCACAAGCCUGUGCGAGGGAGUCUGUCAUAUGAUCUUUGGUGAGGACCGGCAGUCGGUGCUCAAAAGGUUUCAGCGAGGCUUGGAGGUCUCCUUACAUUCGGCUGCAUUCCUGGAUUCCCCCACCAUUGUCUCGCUGCAAGCAAUAUCGAUUUACUUGCUUUGUUAUCGAAAUCACAAUUGUGGUAGAUCUGGAUGGACAUUGAACGGCAUACUUCUCCGAACAGCACAAUGGAUGGGUCUACACCGCGAUGGAGAACGCUUUAAUCUCCCCCCACUGGAAUGCGAGAUCCGUCGCCGGCUGUGGUAUCAGAUUAUUGGAUACGAUGUGCGAGUUGGUGAAGACCAUGCUCUCUCGACUAGUGGGUUUGGUGGCUUCUCCAAUACGAAGCUUCCCCUCAACAUAGACGACCGAGAUAUUUUCCCCAAUAUGGAAGUGGCCCCGUCUUCAAAGCCGCAGUGGACAGAGAUGACCAUGUUCUUGGUCGCUGCCGAGAUGAAUCAAGCGCUUCAACAAGUUUCUCGACUUUCCGUGGGUGUGCUCAAUGGGGACGACAAAAUGACUAGCUUAGAGCAGCUUUUAAGAACUACCACGGCACGCAUAAAAGAUCGCUAUUUGCAGCAUUGUGAUCCUAACAUUCCCAUUCAAAAAUCAGCACUAUUGCUGGGCCAGAUAUUUAUGGGAAAGCUCAGUGUCUUCGUUCGCCAGCAAUACCUUCGAGGACUCAGUGCGGAGGAGUCAGCAUCACGAGCCACUGAGCAGACGCUUUUGCUGGCUUGCGACACCAUUGAGAUUGGCAACGAACUAAAAACAGAUGAGCUUCUCAGUAACUUCCAUUGGCUCUUCUCGACGUUUACUCAAUAUCAUCUCUUGACGUAUACACUGUGGCAUCUUUGUGUUCGGCCUAGAGUCCACUGUGCCGAUCGAGCGUGGCAGGUGGUCGACAAGUCGUUCGAUUUGGUGGAGGAUCCCAGCUGGCCGAGUCCUGGUCCGAAAUGGAACGUAUUACGAAAGCUUCGAGAAAAGGCACUUAACAUACGUUCUUUCUCGAAUCCAGUUACUUCCGCGCGCAUCCCAAACAAUUUAGCGGUUGCCGAGAUCAUAGGACCUCGAGGGGAUGAUCUUCGGGGGGAUAAUCUUCGGGGAGAUGCGAUCCCUAGCAGCAUUCUUGGGUUUGAAGAUGAUAUGGAUUGGAAUUUAGAUUCGAUCUGCUUCCCAGAUUGGAACCCGUAG